UGCAAGGCCGAAGUAUACAAAUUUGUGUGAUGAAAUCUGAUAACAAGGGAUAAAAUGUCAAAACAAGUUUUACUCAAAAUAGGCAACAAAACUCCUGGCCAUGCAACCAGAAAUGAACGUGCGUUUUCCUGAAAAUCAACGCGUAAAGAACACCUAUUGUUGUGGACAUGGUUAGCCUUUAAAGCUUGGAGAGUUGUUUACCAUUGUUUUGCCCUCAAAUUUCUCUUCACCACCGUAUUCCUCUCGCCUCAUAAUAUCUCCCCUCAACUAAGGAUCUCUUCCCACUUUAUCCCCUUCUUCAUUUCUCUCUGUCUUCUUCUUCUUUUCCUUCUUCUUCCUCUCCUCCUCCUCCUCCUUACAUAACUCAAUUAAUCCUUUGGACGAAAAAAUGGUGAGUUCUUCUUCCAUGUCAUGUUAGAAAUGUUGUUUAAUUUAGAAUUUAGAGAUGCUGGUCGGAAAUCUUUCAUUGAUUCAUAUAUUUCUUGGUUUUUCUUGGUCAUAUGUCGGAUUAGGCGAACGCGGCAUCUGGAAUGGCUGUUGAUGAUGAAUGUAAGCUGAAAUUCUUGGAGCUAAAAGCGAAGAGAAACUAUAGGUUCAUUGUUUUCAAGAUUCAAGAGCAGCAGGUGGUGGUUGAGAAAGUUGGAAGCCCUCAAGAAACCUAUGAAGAUUUCACUGCGGCUCUACCUGCCGAUGAAUGUCGCUAUGCCGUCUUUGAUUUCGACUUCACCACUGAUGAGAACUGUCAGAAAAGCAAAAUUUUCUUCAUUGCAUGGUCACCGGAUACAUCAAGGGUGAGAAGUAAGAUGGUGUAUGCAAGCUCAAAAGAUAGAUUCAAGAGAGAAUUGGAUGGCAUUCAAGUUGAGUUGCAGGCAACAGACCCUAGUGAAAUGAGCUUUGACAUUAUAAAAGCCCGGGCAAUCUGAAUACGCAAAGCUAUUCUUGCGUUUUACUUUCUUCUCCAACAUUCACCCUCUCUUUAUGCAUAUUACUACCAUUUGUAAGCAUUGCUUAAUUGCAUUUAUGCUAAAUUUAUACUUUUUCGAUCAUUUCUAUUUAUACUUUUUCUUCUUUUG